CCCGACACUGUUUUGUCUACGUUGCAAUCCACCCGUCAAAAGGCUUGCUCAAUAGCUAAUGGAAACAUGUUGCCGACUGCACUGGUGCCAUGCCUCGCAAAAGAAAAGCCCCACAACCUGUGGCUACACCCCAUCACAGUGGCGAGGAGUUGCUACAGCCCUCGACUUCCUCACCUCGGGUUCCUGAGAUUCGUGUCGUCAGAGCUCGGACAGCCCAACCCGACGACGAAAGUGGUCAUGAUGAACCGGGUGGAUCUUAUCUUGAGCCUCCCGGGGCUCGUUCCCGUUCCAAGGUUUCAAGGUGGUAUAUGAGGAAGCUUUCACGCAAAAGCUCGGGUCCCGACCGACCGGGCACACUGGAUCCGCAAGAUUCUGUUCUUCCAUCACUUGAGGACUCGGAGCUAUCGGAGUCUCAGUGUUCGUCACCACAGAACAUCGAUAGUUCUCCUUCAGCGCCUAGCACACACUUAGUCCUUGAUGCGAAUACGAGCCUGCGAACACGACUUGAGCACGCAGGUAUGGGGACAGCUCUGCCUCCCCCAUCGAACUCGACGUCAUCAUCAUCAGCGGGGCCAGCUGGUGAUGGAAAGAAACCUACCGUUAGCGCCAUAAAAUUCAUACUCCAAAUCGCAACCUCUGCUCUCAAGAUUUCCCCCGUUCCAUACCUCAAUGAAAUUCCGGGCCUCCUUCUCACACUACUCCAGGCUUGCGAGACAGUUGAUAGCAAUAACGAGAACCUUAAGGGUCUAAAUGAUGAAGUUCGGAGCGCUUACACCACCAUCUUGCGGCCCCUCCAGCUGUGUACAGGCCAAAUCCCUUCUGAAGUCGUUUUUCUACUGAAAGAAUUUCACUCCACGCUGGAGGAACAGAUCAAGCAUAUUGACUCACUGAGGGCUCAAGGGCUUAUGAAGAGAAUAAUACUGGCCUCAAAUAUAGCCCAGAGCAUAAGCAAUGUGAACGCGUGCAUUAAUAAGGCUAUCGCUUCAUUCUCAGUCUGUUUAUUGGUCUUCAAGUUGGAUGCUAGCUGAUUGAGUAAUUGACAGACGGAAGCAACGACGUUGACACUCCUCCAGACCAUACAGUCGUCGAUGCAAUCUGAGCUCUCGAGACUGGGCCGAGUGCCUGCCGAGCACACCUAUGUACAGAGCAAGUCAGAAUGUCAUCCCGGCACUCG